CCGGGCCGGGUUAAGAGGAGCGUGGCGGGCCACCAGGGAAGUGGACCCGCCACCGACCCGGCAGGGACUCUGACCUUCUGCGGAGGGAGCAGCGGCGGCGCGCACACUUGGCACCAUGACCCAGACGCCAGCCUUCGACAAGCCCAAAGUGGAGCUGCAUGUCCACCUAGAUGGAGCCAUCAAGCCCGAAACCAUCUUAUACUAUGGCAGGAAGAGGGGCGUCCCCCUCCCUGCUGACACAGCUGAGGAGCUGCGGAACAUCAUCGGCAUGGACGAGCCGCUCAGCCUCCCAGAAUUCCUGGCCAAGUUCAACUACUACAUGCCAGCUAUCGCGGGCUCCCGGGAGGCCAUCAAGAGGAUUGCCUACGAGUUUGUUGAGAUGAAGGCCAAGGAGGGCGUGGUGUAUGUGGAGGUGCGCUACAGUCCGCAUCUGCUGGCCAACUCGAAAGUGGAGCCGAUCUUCUGGAACCAGGCUGAAGGGGACCUCACCCCGGAUGAGGUGGUGGCCCUAGUGAGCCAGGGCCUACAGGAGGGAGAGAGAGACUUUGGGGUGAAGGUGCGGUCCAUCCUGUGCUGCAUGCGCGACCAGCCCAACUGGUCCCCCGAGGUGUUGGAGCUCUGUAAGAAGUACCAGCAGCAGACCGUGGUGGCCAUAGACCUGGCUGGAGACGAGACCAUUGAAGGAAGCAGCCUCUUCCCAGGACACGUGAAAGCCUACGAGGAAGCUGUGAAGAGUGGCAUUCACCGCACAGUCCACGCCGGGGAGGUGGGCUCCGCGGAGGCGGUGAGAGAGGCUGUGGAUAUACUUAAGGCGGAGAGGGUGGGGCAUGGCUACGACACCCUGGAGGACGAGGCCCUUUACGAGAGGCUGCGGCAGGAAAACAUGCACUUUGAGGUCUGCCCCUGGUCCAGCUACCUCACACGCGCCUGGAAGCCGGACACGGAGCACGCGGUCGUUCGGUUCAAAAAUGACCAGGCUAACUACUCGCUCAACACGGAUGACCCACUUGUCUUCAAGUCCACCCUGGAUACUGAUUACCAGAUGACCAAACGGGACAUGGGCUUUACCGAAGAGGAGUUCAAGAGACUGAAUAUCAAUGCAGCAAAGUCCAGUUUCCUCCCAGAAGAUGAGAAGAGGGAGCUUCUUGAGCUGCUCUAUAAAGCCUAUGGGAUGCCAUCUUCGGCCACUGCAGCCGGGAAGAACUGAAGACGUCAUGGCUGCCUCUCCGUGCCCUUACCCCGUGGAUGGAGUCUUCACAACUCUGUGGGGUCAAGCGACACUCUUACCUGUACUCCUUCCGGGAAGACUAUGAUUUCCAUACUCAGCUACCGAUGCUCUUGAAGGCUGUGUCCCUGUCUCUCUACACACGCAUACCUCGGCACGGCCACACCUCUCCUCUGAUUCUGUGCCCAGCUCAGGGCCAGGGCCUAGAUAACUCUGAAACUCUCCUCCUAUGGUGACUCAUGGCUGGAAGUCUGGUGCUCAAUAAAGAAGCCACUGUCUGGUGUCGUGUAGCACAUGGUGUGAGGUGCUG